UACACAAACUCUCUAAUGGGAGAUCCAGCGCGGAAAUUAAACUAAGUGCGAAAUGUGUUCCCUGCUAAAUACCAUCGCGCCUGCCAUAUGGACAUCUGUUUUCUCUCAGUAUGAAGCUGCUCUCGGUUUAAAGGCAAAUAAGAUGAAACCAGACAAGAAAAAAGAUUUGUUGGUUCUUGACAAAUGGUUCCAGACUGAGCUACCAAAGCUGAUAGAAAGCAGAAGUCCUAAACAUGUCACACAUGAAGAGCUCUGCAAGUUGAUGAAAUGGAAGUUAACAAGAGGCAAGUUUCGACCUCGUCUCACAGAGAUGGUUGCAAGCAACUCUGAGGAUGAGGUGGUGGCAGCUAGCACAAAAGCAUUCAAGGCCUUGCCUAAUAUAUCGGCCGCGAUACAGGCACUCAGUGUUUUGAAAGCUGUUGGUCCAGCAACUGCUUCAGCAGUACUAGCGGCUGGUUCCCCACAGAAUGCUGCCUUCAUGGCGGACGAGUGCUUGUUGGCAUUUCCAGGGUUACAGCCUAUUAAAUAUGAUCUACCUUUCUACAUGGCAUAUAUUGACAAAGUAAAGCCUAUUUGCAAACAAUUGAACAAAGAUAACCCUGAUGCUGGCUGGACUCCCCACAAGGUGGAGUUGACCCUGUGGACCUAUCAGAUGAUCCAUGCCUUGGACCCUGCUCUCUCAGCCUCUCUCAUGGAGGAAUCACACGCAGACAGGGAACCACCACGCAAAAAGCAGAAAAAAUAGAUUUCGACAUAUCAAUUUGAAAAAAAAGCUAGUGGAAAAAAGGUUUUGUGCAAGAAAAUUUAGAAGGAAGAUAUUAUCAGAAAAGCAAACCAAAACGGUAAAUGUUUGGUAUUGCUUGUUUAAAUUCAAGAGUUGUGCUAAUAAAAUCACUUGCAGUAAACUGUAUACAUGUAUUUUCUGGGGCAGAUUGUACAUACUGGAAGACUGUGAGUCUUCCAAGUGUUUGGAGUAAAACAAAUAUGUAACAUAAAUGUGUUGAAACUUAAUGACUAGUACUUACAAUAAACAAUAAAAAGCUUAAAAGUGCAGGAACACAUAAGAAUAAAUUAGAAUGGCAAGGAAUAAAACCUGACUUUUUGACAGGAUGUGCCAACAUCUUAGCUGUUUAUGUUGAACAUGUUUCACACUUGUAUUUCCAGUAGUGUUUACUUGCUCUGAUUACAGCAUUGUAACCUUCAA